AUUUAUAAGUGGUCGUAACGCUAUUCCUAAUUAUCCUUUAAAAAAAUCUCAUAUUCAGAAGAAAGGACAAGAGUUUGAAUAUAAAAGGAGAUGAUAUGUUGGACAAGACAAGUAACAUAGGAUCACUUCCUUAACUCAAGAUCCCACACAAAGCAAUUACACAAUAAUAGUAGUUCGACGUUAAAUUCUCUGAGUGAACACCACAAUUACCGACCCAGCGGCCAGCUUCUUAAUAACGUUAAAAAUCGGGCCGGGAUUUUCAAGCUAUAGCUAUUAGCUAGCUUUCGGGCCGGACUUGGGUUUUGGGUCGUUCAUACCUGCACAGCUGCACUUGUUUCGAGCUGUAUCAAAGAGACAUGACAACAACAAAAUGGGUUUGGUGGUGCACAGUGAUAAUGGUGGUGGUUAUGCUACCAUUGACCCAUCAACAAAAGGAACAAGUUGGCAAGAAACUAGGGGCAUUCACCACCGUCACAUUCGAGCUCAGUAGUGGUCUUUCAGGCUACUCACAAUUCUUAACAAGGUUGCGCAAUGCAGUGGAAGCCCCAUCCAUGACUUGUGGCUUACCAUCAACAUUACGUACCCCGUUACGGGGCAAAGAAUAUGUUCACGUGGAUAUCAAACUUAGCAACACACAAAAGGUGACUAUAGGAAUAGAUGUCAUGGAUUUAUAUGUGUGGGGUUAUAAAGACAUUUUCAAUGGGAAACAUAGAGCCACUUUCUUCGGUAACACUCCUAAAGAUGCCAAGGAUAAACUUUUCCCAGAUACGACUGUAUCAAGAACUACUAAAUUUCUUAGCACCUACGUGAGCCUCGAAAGGUACGCCAAAGUAGGGAGAAAGGACCUUGAAUUAAAACUUAAAACCCUUGAAGAUGGCAUCAAAAGUGUUUACGGUAAACCAGAAAAAGAACUUGGCAACGCGGCAGAGGCUAAAUUUGUUCUUAUCGCCAUCCAAAUGGUCGCGGAGGCAGCACGUUUCAAAUUCAUGGAGAAUGGUAUAGUGAACUUUGAUAGCUCAAAAGCGUUCAAAAACAAAAUGAUAGCUUUCCAAAAUGACUGGGAUCCAGCCUCUCAAGCUAUUCAUAAAGCAUCACCUAAAUGCACAACUAUUUCUCCGACUCUUAUAAUUAGUAACAUCGAUUAUCGACAGGAGGUGAAAACAGUGGAUCAAAUAAAAAACGAUAUGGGCCUUCUCAAGUACAAAAAAAGCAACACCCCCUUAUUUACAUGGGCCUCCUUAAGUGAAUUGCGCGCGAUAAUCCCAGUUUAAGUAUUGCACGACUUCUGAAUUACCCUUAUCACUCUUAAUUGUGUACGUUUGUGUAUUGUGUAAUGGAUGUAUCUUUCUACGGAGAAUUUACUCUCUAAUCUUGUAUUUCAUUGGACCAUAAAUAAAAAAAAUAAAGGUUCAUAAGAAAACAAAGGUAUAAUUUUGUGAAUGAGAAAUUCUUCAUUAAUGUUGGGGAUUGUUGGA